AUGGACCGCAUUGUGUCUUCUGUGUCGGCCGGGAGGAUAGAGCAGCUAUAUCCGGACUCGGAGACUGCGCAACACGACGAGGGCUCGGCUGGUUUGAGUGUUCUUCUCGUACCAGACAUCGGCUCAGGAACAGCUUUGAAAUGGUCAAAGAAUAUUAAUGACAUUGCCUGGCCACUUCGUCUUUUCCCGGCCCAUUGCAAGACAGCCAGAGUGCUACAAUAUACGUAUGAAGAGGAAUUCGGUCCACAAUUCUCGUGGAUUCGCUUCGUCGACCUGGGGAGGACACUGCUAGAGUGCCUUCUAGAGGCGGCCGCGACCUUAAAGAUCACUGAACAUCCGCUUCUGAUUGUCGCUCAUGGGUUUGGCGGGGUUAUCGUGAAAAGGACAGUUGCGCUUCUCUACGAAGGCAGCUUUAACCCUUCCGUCCAAAGGCUACUGGAUAGUCUUCAAGGACUCAUCUUCCUAGGCACACCACAUCCGACAGCAAACAAGCCCGAGCCAAGGAAGCAGCUAGACCACCUGAUCUAUUCACAUGGCCGACUGUCAGCAGAUGUCCUGCGACGGAUGAACGAGGAUAUCGCGACACUUUGGAAUGUCUCUGCCAAGUUUGAAGAAACGGCAUUCCACCACACGGUCCUGUGUGCCUUUGAGACUGUACCGACCAAGUAUAGCUCGGGAAAUAUUUUGUCACGUCGCAGUAAGGUGUUGGUGGACCAGUCUCUGGCUGCAACUGCCCUUGCUUCUGAGAAAUCGGUUGGCUCAAAUGCAAAUCAUAAAGAGAUCUGCAGUGUCCUUGAGGGGUCAAAGAUCCAUGAAGCUAUCUCUGACCUAGCUUCAAGAGUGGUCCAACUAUCGGCCAGCUGGCGCGUAUCUCAAAAUACCAGUCAUCUCGCCAAAGCAGCUCACAAGUGGCUACCCACUCCGGUAGCGUCAGAGGUGGCCUCUGAGAUUGGGGCAGGGUUAGACAAUCUGGACAUUGAAGAUCCUCUCUCUUCAAGAAGGGCGACCGCCGGCUCAGAGGAGGUUUCGGAUCUCGAGAUUCUUCCAGCCAAGGGGAAGCCAGUCAGCGAGGUUCCCGCCGUCAAGCUGCCGUGCUAUGUCUUUGACAAACAUCAUAUUCCCGGGGAAUGUUAUGGCAGGCAGCAAACACUGGAACUCAUUGACAAAGCGCUUCUCCGACCGAAGCUACGAUCGCCUCCUUACGCAAGUCAGCCCGUCCGGUCCUUCGCGAUCUGCGGGCCAGGAGGCAUCGGAAAGACCGAAAUAGCCGUCGAGUUCGUCACGACGCGGAAGCACCAGUUCGAUGCGGUGUUCUGGGUACACGCGGACAACGAAGUCAAGCUCGCCGAAAAUUUCAAUGCCAUUGCGGCAAAACUAGGUCUGGUGAGCGAGAUAGACGAGGGUAAUUCGGUGGUGAGUCGAGAUCGGUUACUCGAGUGGCUAAAUCGCCCAAGCAAGUCGGGGCGUGGCGCGUCCAGCGAAGACGACAUUCUGUCUGAGGAGUUUGCGAAUUGGCUCCUUGUGUUCGACAACGCAGAUGAUCCAGGAGUCCUGGCUGAAUAUUGGCCUCAUGCUGGCGGUGGAGCGAUCCUCGUCACAAGCCGUGACCCCGUCGCCAAAUCACACUUCUUCUCCAUGUCGGGAAUCGACCUUGACCCGUUUGAGCGGACCUCAGCUGCCGUCUUCCUGCAGGCGUUGACGGGAUAUGACGCCGAAAAUGAUUACGAAGAAGCACUGGCUCUAGUGGAUCGGCUCGGUGGACUCCCUCUGGCUCUCGUGCAGAUUGCCUCGAUUCUGCAACGGCAGGACCUGUCGUUUGGCGAGUUCCUCAAUUCCUACAACGACCGCCUUUUCCUGACCGACGUCCAUGCAACCGCAAUCGCCGGCUUGCGAGAGAAAAACAAGAAGGCGCUAUUCAACGUCUGGCAAUUCGAGCAUUUGGAUCCUCCGGCUCAGAAACUGCUUGACUUGAUUGCGUUGCUCGAUCCUGACGCCAUACCCGAGCUCAUAUUUACCCAUCCGGAGCUCAAAGAUUUGGCUGAGAAGUUCCCGAUCACCACUCGUACCUUCGAACCUGCUCGAACUGGCCUUCUUCGUAGUUCUCUGAUUCGGAGGCUCAAGAACGAAAAGGCGAUUCGGAUUCACCGAGUCAUUCAAGACGCCGCCCUGGCGAGAAUGUCACCAGACCAACUCAGUGAAGCGUUCACGGCUCUAGUACAGUUGGUAGACGGGACAUGGCCGCGAGGAGCAUAUCAAUGGAGUCACGAAGUCAAACACUGGGUGCUAAGCUCGCGGCUGAUGCCUCAUAUUGAGAGGUUGCGUCAGUUAUACAUGGGCGCCGAUCGACCAAAUCUUCGGCACUCUGUAUCCGAGCAGUUUGCAAAAUUGCUCGUCGAUGCUGCAUGGUACCAUAUGGAACGCGGCAAUCAUCCGAGCAUGAUACCGUUCCUUGAAUGUGCUGAAGCACUGCUCAUUAACGCGGGAUUGGAAUCAACCAUGUCGAUGGCCUCGUGCCAUUUCGCCCUUUCGGCUUGUUUGCAAUGGCUGAGGGACCCGGAGAAGGCUCGAUACCAUUGCGACGAAAACAUCCGCAUUAGUCUGAUGCAUGGAGACGAACCAAACGCCUCGAUAGCAUACACUGAGCUAGGCGUCUAUUAUCUCACUGUCGAGCAAUACCAGGAAGCUAUAGAUACACUCCAGAAGUCAAUCGAUAUUCAAGUGGUGUGUGGAGCACGCGAAACGGAUCCAGGACUCAUCAAGGGCGCUCGAUGGCUUGGAACCUUCCCCAAAUGCUAUUCGAGUUAUGCUUUGCUGCAGCUUGGGCGGCUAGAAGAGGCGGAAACGCUUCUUAUUCCAGUGCUCGAAUGGUUCAAAAAAGAGUGGGGACUGUUGAACGAUCGGUCGUAUCGAACUGGAUUUGCGAUGCUUCACCUGGGUAACGUGCGUGCCGCGCAGGAUCGACUACCUGAGAGUUUCGAACUGCAUGACAUGGCCCUCCGCCAGUAUCGAAUGACGCUCGGGAAUAGUCAUCCUCACACAGCUGGCGCAAUGCUGAAGGUAUCAGACCAUUAUGUCCGCAUAGGGAGGAAGAGUGACGCGGUCGCUCUGCUCGAUGAGGCCCUCAAAGUCUGGAGCAACCGGGCGUACUUCCGACCGGAAAGAGCAUGGACUUUGUACAAGAAGUCCUGUUUACUGCGCGGAGAUGACGAUCAAUCGGCGGAUGAACUGCGUUCGCAGGCCGAGCAGUUGGUCUUCGCGUUCGCCGGCGAUAUGCGACUCGAUAUUCCCAGGACAACGACCGGUGAGGUGGAGUAUUCACCAUUUAUCAUGUUCUUCUUCAAAUGA